AUGCAGUCACAGGAAUGUGUGUAUGUUUCGCUUGUGUCUGGGCUUCCAGUUCUGCAGAGGGCGGAGAGAGUGUGUUCUUGCAGUCUCAGGAAUGUGUGUGUUUCGCUUGUGUCUGGGCUUCCAGUUCUGCAGAAACCAGGAGCUCUUCUCUCAUCGGACAGAAGAGGUCGCGCUCGUACGGGGAUCGCGGAAUACGCUCCGCGCAGGCGCAGAGGUACGCCCGACACACUGGUUUCCUGGAGGCCGGCGGUUCCUCUUGCGCAGGCGCAGAGUGAGUUUCCGGCGCCUGCCGCUCUCCUGGCGGUAAUGUGGCGGCUUGGCCGCCGGUGGAGGCAACUCGGAGGAGGAACGGACGCUCGGGCCUUCGCCCGCCACAUUCCAGGUUCCGAGAUGCCUAAGAAAGCCGGUGCCACGGGGAAGGGUAAGAGCCAGGACCCCGCCCCUCCGCCGCCCCGCGGGCCAGUGACUGUCGACCCCAAAGGCUGUGUCACUAUCGCCAUCCACGCCAAGCCCGGCGCCAGGCUGAACGCUGUCGCAGACCUGACAGCAGAGGCGGUGAGCAUGAGUAUUGCAGCUCCUCCCACCGAGGGCGAGGCUAACGCUGAGCUCUGCCGCUAUCUCUCCAAGGUCCUGGACCUCAGGAAGAGCGACGUGGUUUUGGAAAAGGGCGGUAAAUCUCGUGAAAAAGUGAUCAAGCUUUUGGCCUCCACAACUCCAGAAGAGGUCUUGGAGAAGUUAAAAAAGCAAGUUGAAAAAGAAUAAAAGCAAGACAUGGAAAAUCCAUCCCCAGCAGUGAUUUUGUUGUUAAUGCUGAAGAAGCUAUUAGGUAGGAAAUGCAAAAAAGUAGAACUUUCAAAAGCAUUCUACCCAGGAUACUGUUACCAGGAUAUUGGUACCAGCUUGGAACAUAUUUGUCUGGUUCUGUGACUUCACAAAGCUGCUAAGUGGAGAGGAUGUUAGGAGUGGCUGUGACUAAGCAUCCAGACUUCUCUUGGAUCACAGCCUACAGGAAAGCAUUGCUGAGAGCUCCACAUCUCCGUCAUAAAUGAAACCAUUGCCAAGCACUUCGAGAAUUUGGAGAGUUGCCUUCUUACCGGUACAGUUUCCAAGUGACAGAGGAAGACAGAAAUGUUUUCUGUGCCUUUUAAAUGCCACUGAACAUUUUAUAUGAAAAACCAAGAAUAAUCAAGACUUGCAGUUUUAUGUUCUCUCUCCAUUCGGAGACAUCACUCCAGGCAGUCGCCUUCUUGCAUGGCAGCUACAGAUGGCAGAUUUGUAAUUCUGAUGCUUCUCUAGACCCCCAGAACGGACAAAGCAGCCCUUCGAGGGACUUGGGUAGAGCCCAGGUCAAGUGUCUCAGGCCCUGGGCUCCAUCACCUGCACCAAAAAACGAGAACUAGAGGCAAUUUCCAUUGUGUGUAAAAGGCAGUCAGAAAUUUUUAUCUGUGUAGAAGCUAUUAUUCAAAAAUGAAUAAUAGCGCCCAGAGAUGAACCGGGAGCCGCGCCACGAGAAGCAAACCCUCCGCGCCUAUUGACUGUGAUCCUGAGGUCUCCUAACCCAUUUUGGCACCAGAGCGGAUGCUUGAGCCAUGCAUUUUGACUGUGAACUGAGCUAAAAUAUUAGAAACCCAAAACCGCGCGGCCGCUAUCGCGGCCGCACGGACUCAAAGUC